UCAUCUUUAAUUGUCUUUUUUUCUUGAACAACAUCAGCUAGCAUUGCAUCUUAACACCCUUUUUAGAUUUCUAGGUUUUUUCUUGGAAAAUGGGACGAAAACCAUGUUGUGAUAAAGUUGGAUUAAAACGAGGUCCAUGGUCGAUCGAGGAAGAUCAUAAACUGAUGAACUUUAUAUUCAACAAUGGUACUAUUCCUUGCUGGAGAAAUGUUCCCAAGCUUGCCGGCCUUUUAAGAUGUGGGAAAAGUUGCAGAUUAAGAUGGAUAAAUUAUCUUAGACCGGAUCUUAAGAGAGGGUCGUUUACGGAAUCCGAAGAAGAUCAGAUUAUUCGACUACAUUCUCAUCUCGGAAACAGGUGGUCUAAGAUCGCUUCCCAUUUUCCGGGUAGAACAGACAACGAAAUCAAGAAUCAUUGGAAUACCAAAAUCAAGAAGAAGCUGAAGCUUCUUGGUCUGGACCCCGUGACACACAAGCCUGUCGAGAAAAUCGACGGUAAAAAAGAACACGAGGAAAGCUCAGAGAUUAUUUCUGAAUCAGCCACUGAGUCCGAGGAUGCUGCAUGCAAGGGGGGUGAAGAGAUUCAAGUGACUUUGGAUGACUACGACGUAUUGUGUGGAAGCUUGGACUUGGAUCAUUCUUCAUACACGUCUUCGUUUUCAAUGGCUCAAGAAGAAGACUGUUUAAAGCAAUGGGUUGAUUGUGUGGAUUCAUUUCUGUCAUGGGAUGAUACCUUUUUUCCGGUUGAAGAAGACAACUCGUUUCUUCCUUGGGAAAUUAGCCAAAUUGGUGUUUGAAGCGUAGUUUUCUUUUGAAAUUUCACAGCAGAAGGAAAAGUGAUUCAGAUUGAUGAAUAUGGUUUGUGUAAUUAUCAAGAAAGUGAUGUUUUUAAGGUUAAAUUUCUCUGUGAUUUGAUACGUAAUAGUGAAACUGUAAAAAUCUUUUUGUCUUCCCAAUUUGUCACACAU